AUGUCAGCGACCAUGGACCCGACGAGCUUCUCAUCCCGCCGGCAGGCAACUACGAGCCUUCCUCAGUUCCAUCUCCCCGCGCCGGGAGAGAUUCCCAUGUAUCUUCUGCUGCGAGCGGAAGCAGCCUCGCAGCAGGUGGUGGUUUGGGCAUCAGCCAAGGGGCAGGCGGGUCAGGACACGGGAGCCAUGGAGCCACGCCUGGCACCGGUCCCACCGGCCCUCCCCGUCGAGUCUUGCUUCCAGUUUGCCCUCUCAGGCACCCCCACCGCAGAGCGCCAUCCUAAACUCGCAAAGUUCAGCGAGCCAUCAACAGCCUCCCUCUACCUCGCCCACCCCAGCUGA